AUGUUGGCCCAGCGGGUGGAUAAAGUCAUUGCAUCCGAGGUUGCUACCAUGGAUUUUGUCCGCAAUGUCGUUGGAAUCCCUGUCCCCAAGGUUCUGGCAUGGGAUGGACAAGUCUCCAACCAUGCAGAAUCCGAGUAUAUUCUGAUGGAACAGGCCGAGGGGACUCAACUAUCUGACCUGUGGACGGAUAUGGAUAUCUACGACAAAUUGAAAGUGGUCGACGAUGUCGUCGACAUACAGAAGAAAUUGCAAUCCAUCACUUUUUCACGAUUGGGUAGUCUAUACUUCACAUCAGAUGCAUUCCCAGGCUGCUCCAAAAGUCGACAUUUCCGGAAUCACCUCCCUCGCAGGCAGAAAAUACGCAGAGGAGCGAUUCGUAAUCGGACCUGUUGCAGAAAAGUCAUUCUGGGAGAUUGGAACUACACCCGAUCGCGGCCCUUGGCCCGAUGCUCACAGCUACCUCCGCGCACUUUCCAACAGAGAGCGAUCGAAAAUCUGUUUCUUCGACAGAAACAACGACAAUCGACCCCUCUUCCCCAAAUAAUGCCAACAUCCUAA